AUGUACCACAUACUGUCUUUAUUUGAUAGCUUUGAAAACCGGCCUGGCCUAAAGCUACCAAAGAUCUUUCAUGUCAAUUGGUUUCGCAAGGACUCUCAUUCAGGCAAGUUCCUAUGGCCUGGAUUUGGUGAGAACAUGCGGGUGAUUGACUGGAUCCUGCGCCGAAUAGAUGGAGAUGUCGAGGCGCGCAAAACUAGUAUUGGUCUACUGCCACACCUGAAUGACAUCAACUUGUCUGGCUUGUCGCAAAGGCCCGAUAUGGAGCAACUUUUCCAGCUGUCAAGUGAGUUUCUCCACAGAGAAAUAGCGGAUAUCCGACGUUACUUCGAGGACCAGUUAAGCCAAGAUUUGCCAACUCCAAUAGCCCAGGAACUGGAGGAAUUUGAAAAACGAGUUAAUACGAUGUCAUGUUAA